UAGCAAGUUUUUUUAGGUGAAAUAGUUAAUUCAAAGGCGGCUACAAAUUUAAGACUCAACCAAUCUAUCUUCCUUUUCUGCAUGUGGGGUUUGUUUAAAUUUGAGUCUUUUGUGGUUUAGUGUUAAUGGGAGUUUAAAGAGGGAUUAAGGGUAUUGAAAUUUUGGUGUUUUGGCUCGAGGGUCGAGGUGGGGGUGGGAGUAAAAGCAAAAUCAAGAUUAUGCUCUGUUAGUGUUUUUUUUUUCUUUUGUUUCUUUCUGUUUGUAUUGGAGUUUAGGAUGCUUCUUCACUGGAAAUAUUCUUUUUGAGUGAUAAAAAUGGAAUCUUUACUUGUUUUAUCUCUUGUAUCUGUGAAUUUCAGUUAACCCCAGAAGUUGGAAGUUUGGUUUCUUGGGUUAGUUUGUUGUUUGCUGUGUUGUAUGACUGUUUAUUUGUAAUAAAGUUUGAGUCUUUAAGCAGAAAUUUUGGUUUUCUUGGGUUAGUUUGUUGUGUGAUUGUGUGUAUGACUGUUGUAUUGUACUAAAGUUUGAGUCUUUAAGCAGAGCUUUGGGUUUUCUUGGCUUAGUUAGUUAGGUGUGUUGUAUUUGUACUGAAGUUUGAGUUUUUAAGCAGAGAUUUUGGUUUUUUUGGGUUAGUUUUCAGUUGUGUGAUUGUGUACUGUUGUAUUGUACUAAAAGUUGGAGUUUUUAAGCAGAGAUUUUGGUUUUUCUUAAGGAAAAAAAUAGAGAUGAAGUUCAUGAAGUUGGGAUCAAAACCAGAUACAUUUCAAGAUCAAGGAAAAAGUAUAAGGUACGUGUCGUCUGAGCUGGCAACAGAUGUUACCAUCAUUGUUGGUGAAGUAAUAUUUUAUCUUCACAAGUUUCCUCUGUUGUCCAUGAGCAACAGGCUGCAAAAGCUUGUUUCAAAAGCAAAUGAAGAGAAUUCUGAUGUAAUUCAGUUAGUUGAUUUUCCUGGUGGACCUAAAGCUUUUGAGAUUUGCGCCAAAUUUUGCUAUGGAAUGACAGUGACCCUCAAUCCAUACAAUGUUGUUGCUGCACGUUGUGCAGCUGAGUACCUUGAGAUGACGGAAAAAGUUGAUCGAGGAAACCUUGUCUUCAAAAUUGAGGUAUUCCUCAAUUCCAGUGUUUUCCGCAGCUGGAAAGAUUCAAUUAUUGUUCUACAAACCACCAAGUCUCUUCAACCAUGGUCUGAAGAUCUGAAGGUGGUAGGUAGAUGUAUAGAUUCUAUUGCAUCCAAAACGUCAAUGGAUCCUUCGAGUAUUACAUGGUCCUACACGUACAACAGAAAAGUGGCAGUCUCAGAUAAGAUCACAGAAGUUGGGAUGAAAUUCCCUGGAAAACUUGAAUCCGUGCCCAAGGAUUGGUGGGUAGAAGAUAUAUGUGAACUUGAGAUAGAUCUUUACAAACGAGUUAUGGUUGCCGUUAAAUCCAAAGGAAGAAUGGAUGGUAGUGUUAUUGGCGAGGCACUAAGAACUUAUGCAAUGAGAUGGCUGCCUGAUUCUAUUGAGGCUUUGGUAUCUGAAGCUCACAGCAUAAGAAACAAGUCGUUGUUAGAAACUAUAAUCUGCUUAUUGCCUUCUGACAAAGGUGUUACUUGUUCGUGUAGUUUCUUGCUUAAGUUACUGAAAGUCGCUAUUCUUGUGGGAGCAGAUGAUUCAUCAAGGGAUGAACUUGUAAAAGGUAUCAGCUUAAAGCUGGAUGAGGCUUCCGUCAAUGAUAUUUUGAUUCCAGCAAGGUCUCCCCAAACUACUGUUUAUGAUAUUGAACUAGUGAAGUGCCUUGUGAAUCGAUUCAUGGCUCGUGAAAGAAGUAGUAGGGAUAGGAACAUUCCCCCGAAGAGCACCAAUGAUUUCAUCUUGGGGCAUGCAUCAUGGUUGAAAGUCGGUAAAUUAAUUGAUGGUUAUCUUGCAGAAAUUGCUCGUGAUCCAAACGUCAGUCUCUCUAUUUUCAUUGAACUGUUGCAAUCAAUUCCAGACUCAGCAAGACCAAUCCAUGAUGCAUUAUAUGAGGCAAUCGAUAUCUAUCUGCAGGAACACUCAAGCUUGACAAAAGCUGAGAAAAAACAUUUAUGUAGUCUCAUGGAUGUUAGGAAAUUAACAAUGGAUGCAUCUAUGCAUGCUGCACAAAAUGAACGUCUGCCUCUCCGGACAGUCGUUCAAGUCCUGUUCUUUGAACAAAUUAGAGCAGCUGCUGGAGUUCAGACCUUAAAUCACAGAAAUACUGAUGCUGUAGAUUUCACUAGGAUGACUGAAAAGGAAUAUUGGCAGAAAACAUUACCAGAGAAGCAAAAUGUAUCGAAGCCAUCGAGUGAAAUAAAGAUAAAAGGUGAAGAUCCACAGAAGAACAUGAAGUUGGUAAAGAAAGGAAGCAAGAACAGAAGUAGUGGACCACAGUUGAUGCCAUCAAGAUCAAGGAGAAUAUUUGACAAGCUGUUCAUUGGUAAGGUGUCUGGUAAUGGCGAAAAUCGGAGCUCUGAGACAUCUGGUAGUUCUCAAAGUCCAACUUUAAGGAUUAUUCAAGGAGAAAUGAAGUCAUCUUGUACAUCUUCAAGAAAUAGGAGGAAUUCCAUUUCAUAAGCAAUUCAUGUAGAUUCAUGUAGUCUUUUAGAUUCAUCCAUGUGUGCAAGAAUCAAAUUUGUGUAAAAAGUGGUUAACUUUGUUGAAGUAGUUAUAAGGUGUUUAAUCAUCA